UUGGUUCGGAUUCCAAACCCAUAGGUUCGGAACUUACCGAACUUACCCAGGUUUAGGUCUGGGGAAUGCAUGGGAACUGCCUCUUCAUUACUCUUGCAUCGGCGACUUCGUCGUUCUCUUUCGCUGUGCAGGCCCAUCGCCACAGCUCGUUUCCAGCUUUGCUCCCCUCUCGACUUCCACAAUGGCUCCCAAAAGGGGUACCCUCAAGACUCCGGUGGCAGCCCCCGUGCAGAAGAAGCAGGCUCCAGUGAAGACGGUAAAUCCUCUGUUUGAGAAGAGACCCAAGCAGUUCGGUAUUGGAGGGGCUCUCCCGCCCAAGCGAGAUCUUCACAGGUUCGUAAAAUGGCCCAAGUACGUGCGCAUUCAGCGCCAGCGACGUGUGCUCAACCAGCGGUUGAAGGUCCCUCCUGCUUUGAACCAGUUCACAAAGACCUUGGACAAGAAUCUCGCUACCAGCCUGUUUAAGCUCCUAUUGAAGUACCGGCCUGAGGAUAAGGCUGCCAAGAAGGAGCGUCUCAUGAACAAGGCGAAAGCUGAGGCUGAGGGCAAGACUGUGGAGUCUAAGAAGCCUGUGGUUGUGAAAUAUGGAAUCAACCACAUCACGUACCUCAUCGAGCAGGUAAAGGCUCAACUUGUGGUCAUCGCCCACGAUGUUGACCCUAUUGAAUUGGUAGUGUGGCUACCGGCGCUGUGCCGCAAGAUGGGAGUUCCUUAUUGUAUUGUGAAGGGAAAAUCACGCUUGGGACAGAUUGUGCACGCCAAGACUGCAACAGCGCUGUGCUUGACUUCGGUCAAAAAUGAGGAUAAACAUGAGUUUGCCAAGAUUGUGGAGGCUGUCAAGGCUAACUUCAAUGAGAAGUAUGACGAGCAUAGGAGGCAUUGGGGCGGAGGCAUCAUGGGUGUCAAGUCCCAGGCUAAGACGAAGAUCAGAGAACGAGUUCUUGCCAAGGAAGCAGCCCAGAGAGCGGCCUAGGUUUUACUGGGUUCAUUAUUCAUCUUUAAACAAGGAAAAUGAAAGUCCUCCUGAGAUCUGGUCUCUUAUUACAUCAAGUAAAUCCAGAGCACGUCAUUCUUUCUGGGAAUCUGACUUUGUUCAGGUCUAUCCUCCGUUUGGAUACGAUGACGAUGUUCUGCUCUUUUGCACA